GAAACCUCUCUUCUACAUGAUUUUUUUUCCGUCCACAAAGGGCCAAACCGCAAAAAAAGUUAUAACUUUUGCUUCUUCUUCGCAUUCACUCAAACAAAGUAGAAGACGGAAUCCAGCCCAGUCACUUCCGAAAUCCCCCUUUCGUUAGGGUUCGGAGAUUGUUUAUUGGAGUAACUGGAGAAUGGCAACAAUGUCUGAACUCAAAGAGCGUUUGCUUCCUCCAAGACCUGCUUCAGCUAUAAACCUUAGAGGGGAUGCAGGUUCUCGUCCUUCUCCAUCAGGGAGACAACCACUCCUUGGAGUUGAUGUUUUGGGUCUCAAGAAGCGUGGACAAGGGCUUAAGUCGUGGAUUCGUGUUGAUACUUUUGCCAAUUCUCAGGUCAUUGAGGUUGAUAAGUUCACUAUGAUGCGUAGAUGUGAUUUACCAGCACGUGAUUUAAGGCUGCUUGAUCCUUUGUUUGUGUAUCCGUCAACCAUUCUUGGCAGAGAGAAGGCUAUUGUUGUUAACUUAGAGCAGAUCCGUUGUAUUAUUACUGCGGAUGAGGUUUUGCUCUUGAAUUCCCUUGACAACUAUGUGCUUCGCUAUGUUGUUGAGCUGCAGCAGAGACUAAAGGCAAGUUCUGUUACUGAGGUUUGGAAUCAGGACAGUCUCGAAUUGAGCAGGAGGAGGAGUAGGAGUUUAGACAAUGUGUUUCAGAACUCAUCCCCUGAUUAUUUACCUUUCGAGUUCAGGGCUCUUGAAGUUGCCCUUGAAGCUGCUUGUACCUUCCUUGAUUCCCAGGCUUCAGAGUUAGAGAUUGAGGCAUACCCAUUAUUGGAUGAGCUUACCUCAAAGAUCAGUACUUUAAACUUGGAGCGUGCACGUAGACUAAAGAGCAGACUUGUAGCAUUGACGAGAAGAGUUCAGAAGGUUCGGGAUGAGAUUGAACAGCUAAUGGACGAUGAUGGGGAUAUGGCAGAAAUGUAUCUAACAGAGAAGAAGAAGAGAAUGGAAGGAUCUUUAUAUGGUGAUCAAUCUGUUUACCGAUCAAAUGAUUGUUUUUCUCUGUCUGCACCAGUUUCUCCUGUUUCUUCUCCUCCUGAGUCCCGCAGACUUGAGAAAAGCUUGAGCAUUGUAAGGAGCCGGCAUGACAGUGCUAAGAGCUCAGAAGGCGCAACCGAGAAUAUAGAGGAGCUAGAGAUGUUGCUGGAAGCAUACUUUGUUGUCAUCGAUAGCACUCUCAACAAGCUUACUUCGUUAAAGGAAUACAUCGAUGAUACCGAAGAUUUCAUCAACAUUCAAUUGGAUAACGUACGGAAUCAGCUGAUCCAGUUCGAGCUGCUGCUAACUACUGCGACAUUCGUUGUAGCCAUAUUCGGGGUUGUAGCCGGGAUCUUUGGGAUGAAUUUUGAAAUAGACUUCUUUGAACAGCCUGGUGCUUUUAAAUGGGUUUUGACCAUUACUGGAGUGUGUGGCCUUGUUGUAUUUUUGGCAUUCGUUUGGUUCUACAAACGUAGAAGACUCAUGCCUCUGUGAAGACAUAACCUGCCCUGACACGUAGACAAUUGUUUUCUUGUUUAUGUUGCUUAAAUUAAUAUAUUAAUCGUCUGUGA